GCUUCAGCGCGGGCCUGAGCGGCCCUGGCGCCCGGCUGUUCGGGUGGCUGAGAGAACGCAGCCUGGGCCGCGGGCUGUUCGUGGACCCGGCGCGGGACAAUUUCCGCACUAUGACCAACCUCUAUGGUUCCAUCCAUCCCGCGGACUCGGUGUACCUCAGCACGCGCACCCACGGGGCCGUCUUCAACCUCGAGUACUCGCCCGACGGGUCAGUGCUGACAGUUGCUUGUGAACAGACUGAAGUCCUGCUUUUUGACCCUAUAUCUUCAAAGCACAUAAAAACACUUUCUGAAGCUCAUGAAGACUGUGUAAAUAAUAUCAGGUUUCUUGAUAACCGACUGUUCGCCACCUGCUCUGAUGACACUACAAUAGCACUAUGGGAUCUGAGAAAAUUGAACACGAAAGUAUGCACUUUACAUGGUCACACUAGCUGGGUGAAGAACAUCGAAUAUGAUACUAAUACAAGACUCUUAGUAACUUCAGGAUUUGAUGGAAAUGUCAUUAUUUGGGACACUAACAGGUGUACAGAAGAUGGGUGUCCACAUAAGAAAUUCUUCCACACACGUUUUCUCAUGCGAAUGAGAUUAACACCAGAUUGUUCCAAAAUGUUGAUCUCAACGUCGUCUGGCUAUCUCUUGAUUUUGCAUGAUCUUGACUUAACUAAGUCUUUAGAAGUAGGCAGCUAUCCUAUUUUAAGAGCAAGAAGAACUACAUCAAGUUCAGAUUUGACUACUUCAUCAAGUUCAUCUGGUCCUAGAAUUUCUGGUUCUCCUUGUCAUCAUAGCGAAUCUAAUUCAUCUUCUGAGAAACACAUGUCACGAACCUCACAAAGAGAAGGAGUUUCACCACGAAAUAGUCUUGAAGUUUUAACCCCAGAAGUUCCCGGAGAGAGAGACCGUGGAAACUGCAUCACAUCUUUACAGCUACACCCAAAGGGCUGGGCCACUCUUCUUCGGUGCUCAAGCAACACUGAUGAUCAAGAGUGGACUUGCGUCUAUGAAUUCCAAGAAGGUGCUCCAGUGCGACCUGUCUCACCUCGCUGUUCUCUACGACUGACUCAUUAUAUAGAAGAAGCCAAUGUAGGCAGGGGUUACAUCAAAGAACUUUGCUUCAGCCCUGAUGGGCGAAUGAUUUCUUCCCCACAUGGCUAUGGAAUCCGCUUGUUGGGAUUUGACAAACAGUGUAGUGAACUUGUUGACUGUUUGCCCAAAGAAGCCAGUCCUCUGCGGGUGAUCCGUUCUCUGUACUCUCACAAUGAUGUGGUACUGACAACAAAAUUCUCCCCAACACAUUGUCAGAUUGCCUCAGGGUGCCUUAGUGGACGGGUUUCUUUGUAUCAGCCAAAGUUUUAGGCACAGCUUACAUCAAUAAGGAACUCUUCUGGUGUUUGACUUACAAAUUACUUCAAUUUAGGUGAAGUAUUUUCUUUUUUUUAGAAGAUCUUAUAAGUUUGGGUCAAGAUCCUGGUUUUCAUGGGUCCAUGAACACAUCUGUGACCUGAGUACUUUGGUCAUCCAGCAUCAUUUGGGCAUCUCCAAGUUAGACUCUAUGCAGCAUCUUCUUUCUCAGCAUUCCUCUGCUCCUGCUAAUCUGUGCCACUCAACUCCAGUUCUGGUUAUUUUGCAUGAUAGUGCAUCAAGUUCCUUCCUUCCUUCCUCCUGCCCUUUCUCCCCUCCUUCCUUUCUUCCUUGUUUUUUUUAUUUUUUAUUUUUUUAUUUUGGUGUGAAUUUUGUGAACAUUUGGCAGGAGUUUUGGUUGGUAUAGGAGAAACUCGGACCCUGGUAUUGAAAUAAAACCGGAAGUCUGAUGUUGACAUACUGGUUGUUGAAAAAAAAAUUAAUCUUCACUUAUCAAUACACUUGGCCUCUUAAAUUACUGUCAUACCCUAUAUCGAGCACAGAUAAUGGCAUUAUUCACAUCAUUGUUUAUCUUACAACAAAAUAUCUUAAAAGUUUUCCGUUAAAAUUAUACAAAAUUUUUUACAAUGCAAAGGAUUUUUUGAAAUUCUAGGGAAAAAUAUCACAAAUAUCUUUGUAAUUUACUUGUAUGAAUUUAAAACCUUUAGCAUGUGUCCUUACUUGGUAUUUUAUCCUAUCGACAAUAUCCAAAAGGAAAGAAGGAGAAGCAAUGGGUUGUGGUCAUUUCUAUUUUACAGAAAGGGAUAUAUUUAUUAGAUUAGUAUAGUAUCUGGCCACAGAGUGCUGAGAACAGUGUGACUUAGAUUUUCUGUUUUCUCUGCCAGAUUAUUUGAAUCACACAGGAUUAUAUGUUAACAAUAUUGGAGUGGCAAAGGCAUUAAGAGUAAAAGGGUGGUGUUUUACUCGUUUUUUAUCCUUAGUCUGAGUGUUGCCAGCCCAGUUCUCUUACCAUGGAUGAGGAGAGGACUGCCGCCCUCUUUAAGCUAUUGUCCUAACUAGGGUGGUGACUAAGUGUUCCCCUAAAGACCUUUUUUAUGUUUUGUUAUGGUACACAGCAGGGAAAAGCAUCAAGCAGGGAUCGAGGCUGAUCACUCUGUUGACUAAGCAGCUUUUGUCCAGCUUCCUCCAUAUCAAAUGGCAUGGUGAUAGAAGGAAUUUGCCAGAGGCUAGAGAAGUGAAGCCUUGCACCAGCCUGGCCCUUUAGGUAUCAUUCUUUUUACACUGGUGGUUCUGAAAUGUUGGGGUGUGUUGUAACCAUUGAAGCACUUGUGAAAAAUACAGAAACCUGGGCCUUAGGAUAGUCUGACUCAGCCAGGGAGAGAACUGAAUCUGUAUUUUUAAUGGGAACCCCAAUAAUUUUUAUUCAGGUGGUCUCUAGAUCACAGUUUGAAAAACACAAACAGCAGUAAAUACUGCUGUACCUAGGUAGUACUUAACACAAGUUCCAGAAGAUGUUUUGAUUAUUAAAAAAAAAAAAAAGUAAAAAGCAAUUUUAGAGGUAGAAAAUAUCUUAUGUGACUUUACUAGGAUCAUCCUUUAAGUUGGUGGCAGAGCCAGGACUUGAGUUCAAGUCUCCUAAUUCCUUGCUCAGGGUAAUUUCUACUGUAUUGUGCUGGCUGUUAAAAACAUGGACUUAUGAAUACUUUGUCUUUAAAUUGUAUUAUUGUGAAUAUCCUUAAAUUGACCAAUAGAUUGAAAAAGGAAGGCAUGGGAGUGGGUGCUGAGAAUUCUAGCCAUAAGAAUGAUUUAAGUAUUGGUUAAAUCAUGUUCAAAUAUGAAAUGUCUAAACAGCUCAAAUACAUGAAUAAAAAUGACAUUUCCUUGUAGGAUCUACUGACUAGCCAUUCACACACUUUUACGGACCUUAUUUCUACUUAGAACAAUGUUGGCCCUAGGACACAUUUUAAACAUUAGAUCAUUUCACCACAGAUGUUUGAAAAGUUGGACCUUUUUUUAGUCAUUGAAAAAAUUACCACUAAAAUACAGUGAAAACCUACGCUUCCCAUGAGCUUUUUUUAAAAAGCACAUAUUUAAAAGAAAGCAGUUUUGGAGGUAAGAGCACCAAAUAAUGUCAUUUAAAAUAAGCUACCGAGUACAAUGAUUAUUGAUAUUCUAAAGAAGACUGUAUUUCUUGUCGGCUUUGGAAAGAGUUCCAUGACAAAUGCUGGACCCGCUUGCUGCCCAACUCUAAAUUCAGCCAAUGUUUCUUUAAUGACUAUAGAGUACCUAUCGUGUCAAGUAAUGUACACACUUUACUACUAAUCCUCAGAAAAACCUUGCAAGAUAGGCAGAAUGAGCCCCAGUUUACUUUGGAGUGUCAGAAAAAUGGUGAUGGUGGGUCAGAAAAAUUAAGUGACUUGCCCUAAGUCACAGAGUUGGCAGUAGGUGGCAGCACUGGGAUUCAAACCCAACUUUGUUUUGUUUGCUUCAGUCCAAACUUGUGCUUUCCGAUCUACCAUUUUGCCCUUUAGUUUGUAAAGGAUGGUAAAAUGACUUGUUAAUUCAUUUGUUUAAUAUAUUCUGGAAGUUUUGUUUGUUUGUUUUGUUUUGUUUUUAUA